CGUGUUGUUGUUUUGGUUUAAUUUGACAUUUACUUUAUUGUGAUUUCAUUUUUUUAUUCAUUUUGUGGUUAAUUAAUGUGUUAAUGAAAACGAAAUUUGAUCUAAGUUUAAUUUAAAGAAGUAAAAUAAAUGGCUUCUACGAAGACUAAACGAGUGAAGAAGCCUAUAGAUAUCGACUUUAAUGUAAAGGUAACCUUGGACAAUACAGCGCCGUUAAAUCAGAUUGUGGAAGACCUUCACCGGCGUGAGUAUCAAAGCAGAGCGUACAGUUUGUACCACAAGCUCCUUGCUCACAGGCGCAACAGCAGGGCAUUCACCAGGAAAGCGUAUCAUUUUACUCUGCCUGGACAUCCAUUAAAUGCAUUCACUGAAGGUUUUGAUGGUGGAAUAGGGAAUGACUAUUUUGAGGAAUUCUCAUACAAGAGUUUAAUGCCAAAAAUGAUAACGAAAAUACGCAACAUAGAAAAAACUGAUCCUGUUACUAAACUAAUGAGAGAAAAGAGAGACUGGAAAAAUAAAGUGUGUGAUAUUAAAAGAGUACAUAUGGCAAAAUAUUCCAGUAGAGUCAAACUUGAGGUGUGUAAUGAUGAGGUAAUCCAGUGCCCUAAGUAUAUGGUGGAAAUGGCAGAAAUUUUGGAGAGUGAUCCAGAUCCAAAUUUCACUGACUGCUACAACUGGUACUAUAGUGGCAGUGGUAAUUUGCAACUAGUUUGCAUCAACUGGGUGGACUAUUUAUUGCACAGUGAAUUCUCUUGUGUAUAUCUGUCCAGAUUCACAACGGAUAACUUAGCAAUAGAUUUUGAGAACACAGUAUCCUUCAACUGCGGUGAUGAAUAUGAUAUACGGGAGACAGUCUGCUCGCCACAAAACAUAGUUGCACUAAGAACGAAAUAUAAAAUAUUUAUCUUAAAAAUAGAAGAGCAAGAAAACAAUUUAUUGUUUAGGAAACUCAGAUGUUUCGAGAGUGAGGUGACUUUCACAGGCAUCUCGUUUGACAAACACCAUACGAAUAUAUUGUAUGCAACAACAUUAGACUGUAAACUGACAAUAGUAAACAUUGAUAGAAUGACUAAAAGAAGUCUAAUAUUAAAACAAAAGCCUGAGCUAAAAGAUAACUGGAACUGUGUUGUUGGGGCGUCUCGUGGUAUGUUCAUGCACAUACAAAGAGACUCCGUAACUGCAUAUGAUAAGAGGACGAACAAAGUUGUAAAUACAUGGAGUGGGGUGAAGAGAAUAGUGGAUGAACUAGAUUGUAAUGUAAUUAGUGCUGCGGUCCAGCUUGAGGGUACCGACAAGUUGUACUUCACCACCAACCACCAUCUUUUCCUCAUGGAUACAAGAUGCAGUAAAGCAUCUAAUAUGAAAGUUGUACAAAGGUGGACACACGGUAUGCAGUGUGUUCCUACAUUCAUUUCAGUUCAAGAUGCAGAAUUUAACAAGGAGUUAAUUUUCAUGAGUAGCCAGUGGUGUGAAGAUAUGUGCGUAGUCAGCAAUUACUCAGAUAGACUGAGCAGGCAAUCCGAUAUAGAUGGGGUAUCAAUACCGUACCGGCCGCCGAGUAUUUUCAAUGUGUUAUAUGAGGCCCAACAGAAACGACUUUGUUGGGAUCUCUAUAACCCUAUAAAAAAUAGAUUACCCAUGUCUAUAUCAGGAAUGGUGGAGGUACGACGAAAUAAUCAAUUUGUCAUAUUGAUGCACAAUUCUUUAGGCGAUAUCUCAUCGCACGUUCUGUAUCCAUCGUAUAUGGAAAACUUAAUGGAGGAUAACGCGCUACAAGAACUGCACGAAUGGUCUAAAAAUUACGUAAUCAAAAGAAAGCCAUUUGAAGUGACAAACGUGCACGAUAUCAGUGGUCUAUGGAAGAAACUGAAGGCAGUGUCAAAACAUGAUAUUGAUUUAAUUAUACAAGCACACCAACCGAUCCAUAUGAAGGUUGAUGAGCAACAAGUGUAUAGCACCUUUCAAAAUGAAGAAGUAAUGCCCGAACUACUGGACGUUUGGAAGAAUGACCAGCCCGAGGAGACAGUUGCCGAGGAAACGAGAAAUCUUUCCCUUCAAUUUACAAGUGAUAGUGAAUAAAACAAUUAUAUUUCUAAUAA